AUGCAGCAAAUGCCAGUGGAGGGGAGGUUGCGCCGCAGUUUGCCCAGCCUGCCAGCGAUCAAGCCAGACAGGUUGAAAACAGCUAAAGUGUUGGUGGAGAAAGCAGUCAAGUUGAGGAAAGUGUUUUCAGUGCAAGGGCCUUACCCUGUGAUCCGUUCUGCCUUAUGGGCCCGGGGGUGGGUGGAACGUCGUAUGCCCCAGCCAGUCCAGAGAGCACCCCACUGCCAUGGCGAUGAGGAAGAGGAUGGUGAUGAUGGUGAUGUCGGUGCUGAUGCUACCGAGAGAGUGGAUGAAGGUGAGAAAGAGGAUAACCUUGAUGACAUGUAUGACCUCAUGUCUCGCCUGGUUCGAAACGAAACAACAUAUUUCUACUGGACAACACGACGGGAUUACAUCGACUGUCGCUCCUUACGGAGUGACCAAAUGACCAAUCACUAUGCAAACGCUGGAACCUUUACCACCAAGGUGGGGCUCUGCGUGAACCUGCGAAACCUUCAGUGGUUUGAUACAGCAAAUCCUGACACCUUCUUCCCAAGAUGCUACAGGCUUGGGGCGGAGGAUGAAAAGCAUGCAUUCAUAGAGGACUUCAGAAGGACAGCUUGCACCAGCCUGCUGCAGCAUGUGGUUGAGACAAAUAGAUGGAAGAGUGAGGGAGCAGAGGCCGGGGAGCAAAAAGCCAAAAGCAGCGUUUCUGAAAAGUUGGAUAAAGUGGAGCGUGGAUUUGUUGGUCCAGAAAUUAUUGACACAGCUUUACGAGUGUGUCAAGAAUUUCUCAGUGUUUUAGAGCAUAGUGACAUUGAUGUAAGUGUGGAAAAAGCCCCUGCAGUGGAGGAACAGCAGUGGGCAGAGUUUCUGCAAGACUGCUACAUGGUUGUGCAUGAAGGUGCAUUGAUCAGGGGGAGCAGUGUGUUCGUGGAGCGCUGCCAAGCCAUGUUAACCAAACUGCAGGAGGUUUGCCCUCAGCUGGACACAGAUGGACUAAAUAACAUCUGGAUCAUCAAACCUGGUGCCAAAUCAAGAGGGCGAGGCAUUAUCUGUAUAAACCGCCUGGAUCAGAUUUUGGCACUCGUGGACACAGACAGAGCCAUGAGCAAGGAAAGUAAGUGGGUGGUUCAGAAAUACCUGGAACGUCCUCUGUUGGUCCACGGCACCAAGUUUGACCUCCGUCAGUGGUUCCUGGUCACCGACUGGAACCCUCUGACUGUGUGGUUUUAUAAAGAGUGCUACCUGCGCUUCUCCACUCAGCCCUACUCAAUAAAGACUCUGGACAGCUCGGUCCACCUGUGCAACAACUCCAUCCAGAAGCAUUUCCAGCCAUCUCGCGACCGCCAUCCAGGUGUGCCUCAGGACAAUAUGUGGUCCUGCUCUCAGUUUCGGGCUUUUCUGCAGCAGCAGGGCUGUGGUGCAGAGUGGGAGUCGGUGGUGGUCCCAGGGAUGCAGCAAGCGGUGGUCUGUGCCCUGCAGACAGCCCAAGACCUGGUAGAGCCCCGCAAGGCAAGCUUUGAACUCUAUGGAGCAGACUUUAUGUUGGGCAGAGAUCUGAGGCCUUGGCUCCUAGAGAUCAAUGCCAGUCCCACUAUGGCCUGUUCCACUGCUGUGACUGCCCGCCUCUGUCCCGCUGUGCAGCUGGACACACUGAGGGUUGUGCUGGACUGGCGGACUGAUUGUAGUGCUUACACAGGAGGCUUCCAGCUAAUCUACAAACAGGCUGCAGUUGAAGUUCCUCAGUAUGUGGGCAUGAACCUGCUGGUGGAAGGAGCCCCCAUAAGGCGAUCCAGACCUCUCCUUCAUAGGCAGACUGUUAUUUCUAAUGCUCCUCUCACUAUCCAGUUCCCCUCAGACCAGAUAUCUUCAGAGGAGGUGGAAACAACACAUAAACCAUCAGGUCAGAAGCCCCAAGCAGUUGCUGUUUUUCGCCAUUCAGGCAAAGAGAACCGAGCUAUUGGAGAGAAAAAGAGGCAGCUGAUAUCAGUAUCUCCAAAGAGGGUGUGUGAAAGGAGAACAGACAUUGAGAAUACCCAGAAUACCUCCUGUGUUCGCAGGUCCUGUCGAAGUUUGGUGUCUGAACAGCCUUUGGUGGUACGCAUUGAACCUCAGAGGAAAGCACGACGUUUGGGUUUGAGUUUUGGUGCCAACGGGGCAACUCUAGUCCCACGGAGUCUUUCUUUAUCCCUCAGCCCCCCUCACAGCAUGCCACAUUGUAAAACUCAGCCCAGUCCAGGCCAUGGAUCACGCAUCUCCAGAUCCUUUCUUCCCCAGACAGCUUUUGUACCCCAGCAAAGGACUUCUACCCGUGUCUGUCCUUCACUCCAGGGUCCCCUCCCUGCCCUAGAGAUCUUUAGCUUGCAACCAAACAUUGUGGCUGGAACUGUUGCCUGUCGUAAUCCAAAUUUGUCCUCUCAUCCGAGCCUCCACAAGCAUUACUUGUUCCUUCAUUCUCAUAGGCAAAGCAUAGCCAAAUGUAAAGGAGACUGCACUGGGGAACAUAAACACUAA